GGGCGGGCGGGCGAGUGAGCGCGCGGCUGGGCGGGAGGCGCCGCCGCUGCUGCGGAGUAGCCCGCGCGCCGGGGGGGGCAGCGAGCAGGUUUGCUGUAAACUACCUUCGGUAGCUAUAAUGACACCAGCCCUCAGAGAGGCAGCAACAAAAAGUCAUGGUAUCCACUUGUCACCUUCUUUGUCCUCUAGAGCUAUGGAGUCUGAUACAACUUUGUGCAUGGAAAAUCCCAGAGCAGUGGAAGAGAAGCUAAAAGAGGAUUCAAUCACACAGAUUACUUGCUCAGUCCUAGGGUUUCCCACCACUGAACCCAACUACAAUAAAGAUAUCUUCAGUGUAAAGCAUUUUGGUUCUCCACAGUCUUCCAAACAUUAUCAGUCUGUCUUGCUAAUGAGCACAAAUUCUGCAUUAAACAGCAAAAACGGUAAGCAAUGGAAAUUGGGAGAACACACGUGCUCCAAGGUGAAAAAUCCGUUACAUAACGGUGUUGCCACAACAUGCAGCCAAAUUAGUAAUUUAGAAGCAGAAGAACAGGUGAAAGGGGAAACUUUAUCAGAGACCAUGACCCAGAGUUUGGAAAAAAUACAGAGACUGUUGGAUUCAAAUGUAACUGAAUCUGGUAACGCAGAAGAAAUGCAGUUUCCAAAUGGGAAAUGGUUCUGGACGAAUGGCUUUUUGGGUAAAGCUUUAGCAAUACACACAGAGACAGAAAAAGGGCCUGUAGCGCACCAAGUUCUGCAUAAUCCUUUGGAAGCAGUUUUGGGCUGCUCUGCCACUAGUAAAGAAGAGGCGUUGAAUGCUCGUUUCCUUCAGUGUGUGAGUAAGCAGCAAGUUCUGUUCAGCCGGACCAAAAGAACUCAGAAACGGUUACAAAUGCUCCUGGCAAAACAUGUUGUCAAACACUGUGACCAGCAGCUGAAAUGCUUGGUGAAACUUCAGCUACAAAAAGUGAAGUUUUUUAAUGACUCAGCCAAAUUGUUGGAUGGUAUCUCCCUUGGAUGCACUGAAAAUAAGACAGAAAACAGUACCGCUAACUUGGAAAAUGAUUCAAGUAACAACACACACAAUGGAUUUUGUGUUGCACCUGGUGAAGUCGGGGAGGUUGCACUCUCUGCUUCAGGGCUGCUGUCUCGUGUGGAGAAAGAUCUGGAUUCUGAUGCAACUUGCAGCAGCAGCUCAGAUGAAGAUUGUGAUGAACAGACUGUCAAGAAAACGAUGGAAGCCAACUGUAGUUCUGAAUGGAAGUGGCUUGCAGACAGAGCUAGAGUUGGCUGCCGCUGGACUUGGCUUCAAGCCCAGAUUUCAGAGCUAGAGUACAAAAUCCAACAACUCACUGACCUUCACAGGCAGAUACGUGCCACCAAGGGGAUGGUGAUCUUAGAAGAAUGCCUGCAUCCAAAAGGCAUUUUGAAGAAGCAAACACAAUUGACAGACCAAGAAGCUUUAUUAAACACUGCAGGGAAUUCUCAAGCUACUCUUAAGAGACAGGAUUCUUUGCCGGAACACGAUUUUGAAAUGUCACCCAGCAGUCCUACUCUGCUUUUACGAAACAUAGAAAAACAGAGUGCUCAGCUGAGUGAAAUCAUCAGUAGUCUAAUUGCACCGCUCAGUCUGUCUCCCACAUCUUCGCCUGUAUCUUCGAAAUCUGGUAAACACAAACAGCUGGUCAAUGGCAUUUCUUUCAGAGCUUCAGACAACAGGGAGGAAAUAUCCUCUAGUACUUGGAUACUUGAUCAGCAACACGUUAAAAAAAGAAGAAAAGAAAGGACAAGGCUGAGAUCUCCAUCUGUAACUAUUGCAAGCAUGUCUGCGCGAACAAGGCCACUUCAGAGAUUCCAGAAGAGGAAAUUAUACAGAAUGAACAAAGGUUGUUGUUGGAAUUCACAGGCUUUGCUGUCCAAAGGUGCCUCAUUUCUAUAUAAUGCACAGCUACCUUGCAUGGCACCAGCCUCUACCUGGAGCAGUUAUGAGCAGGGUAUGAAAUCCAGAAUACUAAAACAUAUGCCAGAACUGGACUCUUCUUUCCAUCCUGUCUUAUCAUUCCCCUCAGAUAUUCCUCUUCAUAUGUAUUUUGAAGCAUUGUUAAAAAAGGACAAGAUCAAAGCAGAUCCAGUAGACACCUCAGCAUUAGGGGUGGAAUUUCAAACAUCUCCUUCUAGUGAUUAUAAUCAACAUAAUGCUUCUCUGAGACAAUGGAGCAGUGGAUAUUUACCAAAUUCUAAACCUCAAGCAGUAUCAGGAACAUCUGACCAGGUAUCAGACGGAAGGAAAAAAAGGCAUCUAAGUGAGACAGCAAUAGGAGAAAGUAACAGUAGGUUUGAAGCAUUUUCCUUUCAGCAUACAGGACCAGAAUCCCUUAACAGUUUUACUGCAGUGACCAAUGUCAAUGUGCUAUCUAGAUCCACUCCAUCACAGCAUAAUGCGAGACGGAGAUUGAGAAGUGAGAGCUCAUAUGAUAUAGACAACAUUGUUAUUCCUAUGUCACUGGUCGCACCUUCUAAAUUGGAGAAGCUGCAGUACAAAGAAAUCCUUACUCCAAGCUGGAGAGUUGUUGACCUUCAACCUUUGGAACGGCCUCCCAUAGGUAAAGAGGAGAUGGAAGACCUCUCAGAUGAAGCUUUUACUUCACGUCACACACAGUAUGAAGAGAGAGAGAAAACAAGAUGGUCAUUGUGGGAGCAGAGCCGCUGGCCUAGAAGGAAUAGCAGAUCUUAUAGCAAAAAUGCUGAUGGACGACAUGGACAAGAUCCAGUACAGAAAGAAAACCAUGGCAACUCCUAUGCUUCUCUGCACUAUUCUGCUGAAGCUACCCCUGAGCUUAUAUCAGAAACUUGCAGUUCUGUGUGCUUAGUGCUCCCACAAACUUCAACAGAAAACCAAGAAGCAAAGUCUGAGCUGUGGGAACUUCGGGUUUUUCCAUUAAAGGAUGAAGAAGUAGAAACCUUACUAUGCCAAGAUCAAAUAACAAAUCAGACCGAAAGUUCAAGUGCAGCUUUCCACAACGAUUCUUUCUGUACUUCAUGUACUCCCUCCGGUUUGUCAAACAAUGGCCAUCUACUGCAAAAACAAUCUUCAGAAGAGCUGGAAGACUGUGCUAAUGUUUGCCUGGGAAUCAACAGUAUGAGAAAACACAGGUGACAGGGAAUAAUGUGGUUCACUAAGAAAGCCAGUUAAGGUGGAGAAAAGUGUAAGGUAAAAUCUCUUGUUCACACCACAAAUAACAGCACAAUUCAAAUCCUGUAUGUCAGAAGCAUAUAAUAUAUUUUCUUUCUUGCUUUGUAACAGGCAGGAAUAAUCCCAAAGGCAACACUUUCUUCUUCCUGAACCACAAGAGAAACUAAUUAUUUCAACUUGGAAGUCUAAUAUUCCCAGUGUCGGGACUGGGUACAUCUAAAUUGCUGGCACCAUUCACUGCUUUCUUUUGUUAUAGUACCACAUUCUUUAAUAUCCAUCCACUUUUUUUCCAAAUUUUCUUUGGUCUUGAAGGAUUAAGGCAACAAUUUCAACUGAACACAGAAAAACUACUUGAAAAGACAGUAAGGAGGAAGGGGAACUUAAAUAUUUUUUCUUCUGUGGGAAAUGCCUGCCCUAUUUGAAAGGCUCAUCUGUAAUACUUGGAUAUUUGAGAACCUAAACCCUUAUAUUUAACUUGAAAUGUAUUACUUUCGCAGUUCCUGUCAAAGUUGUGGCAAGUUUCAUGCAGAAAUCCUCAAACACUAAUACAGGAAUACAUGAGAAUAUUUCAGUACUUCAUUUAUCUUUAAAAAUGUAGGCAGCUUCCAUUUCAGUCCCUUGGAGGAACCUAGUAGGGGGUGAGGAAAGAAGUGAAAUAUCACUGGUGCCUCCUUUUAAAUGUUAUUCUGGAGCACCAGGUGUUUGGAGACCUAACUCCUACAACAGCCAGUGUAUUCUAUAGAACUGUAUUAAAGAGAAAUACACUUGUUCCAGUUUCCAUGCAGUGCCUUACAUGCGUGCAAAAGCAGGCUUACUAAUCAGAAAAGAAAUGAUUAUUAAUCAGGAAAACAACCCCUUCUACUCCCUCCCUCCAGCUUUUUGUGGUGAUAUAUAUUGGUUUUUAAAUUCCUGGUCAGUUCACUUGUAAAACAAAAACAAGCUGUUUUAACAGAUAUUCUAGAUUACAGUGUUUAAACUCUCUCCACUGUCAAUUGAUGCUAACACAAGAUGAACCACAGAAGAAUUGAUUACACAGUGGUAUCUUUGUAGCAGAACAAUAAAUUGAUACAAGCAGAAUGUAGGGCUAAAUGCUGUCAAGAAGUUUUUCUGUGUAGAACAGUUGAAGGCAAUUAUCUAGGUGUCUCUGUUCUUGUGCAAAUUUUCCUUAGUUUGUCAUAUCCAGAACUAAAUUGGUACUGGACAGAUGACCCAGUUUUAGUGUCAACCUGUUGGUCAAAAUAACAGGAAAUAUACACUGGAUAUUAGGAAGAAAAGGUUCAGAAAUUUCAAGCACUACAACUUAUGGUAGAUUGUAGUUUAUUGCACAUUCUGAUUUAAAACACACAUAUAUAUAUAUACAUUUCUUUUAACACUGGUUUGUCCAGAGCAUUAAACUUGAAUCUUGCCUCAGUGUCUGAUAAAAUAAUCUUAAUGCGAGGUAUUUUUAAUUAAAAGUUAUUUCUAUAGAGUAUGUGUAUAUAGACUCAAAUCGAUGGAAACGUUCAGAUUCUCUUUAUAAAAAGAGGCAAAGCAGAAAAGUAGCAUCGUGCCACAUUCAAGGGGCGAGGAUUCAGUUUGUUUCUGAAUGGCUUUAUAGGACUACAAAGUAGUAAUAGUACAGUCUUGCUGUUGAAUAUCUUAGUGCUGCACCAGGACAUGAUUAUUAUGUAUUGGUUAACAGACUGGCUCUGAGAAAUACCUUCCUUCUAGUUUCUGGCUGGGAUGGUGUAUUUCCAUUUUUUUUAAUUCUUCCACUCUUGACUGCAUCUGGGAUGGUGAGCCUGGAAGGAUAUAAUGAAGACCCUGGAGGUUCUUUCCUUCUCCAUUUUCCCACUCCUCCAUGGUGAUGAUAGAAUUAGCUCACUCAUCUCCUGAUGGGCACCACAAGCUUUGUAGUUUAACUGGUGUUUCCUGCUCUGAUUGCUUGGACAGUGAGGAGCACUCCUAAGAUAUCAGGCACAGCAAACCGAUAAACCAUUUAGGGUCUCUGCUUGUAAUGUCCUGAAGUAGAGUUGGCUGAGGAUUACUGACUUAGAAAUGAAUUCUGAGCAAUUCAGAAUCUUGAUGGGAAAAGUAGAUGUCCCUAUAAACGUAAAAAGAAUACUUUCAAAUGAAGUAAACUUUUGAGGGAAUAGGAGUGUUACCUAAGCUUGGCUGACUUAGUGCAUUGCAGGGUAGGCCCUGGCAAACUUUACACGUAAGAUACAAUUAACCUGUUAAUCAUGCCGUAAAUUAAAUGGCAGAACAAAAUUGGAAACCACCUACAAAAAUAUUCUACAAGAGAUGUAUAAUAUUUUUGUGUGUGGUUUCCAUUGCGCCUUAAAUUGAACAUGUGAUAAGGUAGUAACAAACUGGAACCAGUUCCAGAUUCCCACGAGGUUCUGGGGUUAGCAUGACAAGAGGCAGGAUUCUUAGGAUCAGCAGUCAGAUCCUAUGGUGACAUUAAAUGAACAUGUGCCAGGCUGCCUUGCUUUUCAGUAGAUCCUUUUGAGAUUACUGCUCCAUAAUAUCAAUAAUGGUGAACAGCAACCUGUAACAUGGGGAAAUAGGUGCAUUGUUCUUGCAUAGCUCUUAGUAAUUGACUCAUUUGACCAGUAUUAAUAUCCUCAUCCUAUAAGAACAUUUGUUGUCUUGCUAGCUUUAUCUGCACAAGUGGACAUUGAUACUAAAGAGAAUAUAGACAGCCAUUCUGUCUUUGUUCAGAUACUUUCUCAAAAUCCAUCCUUGAAAAGGCUGGAUCCUGAUAAAAAUGCUGUGGCAAAGAUGAGAUCCCCCAUUACCAUUCAGUGUGGGACUGAGACAGAAAAAAUAAGGGACUUGCUUAGUUGAACUCUUUCCCAGUCUGGUGUCUCAACAAGACCAUCUGCCCCUUGUUGUUUUCUUUAAAAAUUGCUGUGCGCUUGUAUAGCACCAUGUACAAUUGUUAAUAAAAAACAAGCUAGUUUAAUAGUUGCAGUCUUUCUCAAGAAAUGGCCUCCAUAGAUUUCCCUUCCCCUCUCCGUAGUCUGUUGUUGUGUCACAAGUGCCUUGAAACCACUGGAAGCAACGCAGUGCACUGUAGGAAAGUGCUGAGAGCUUCUCUGCAAACGCAGCUUUUUGUCUCUUAGCUCUUAAGCCAUAAAAAUAAAGAUGUUAGAAAGUAAUUUUUCUCUAAAUCCUCCUGUUGUGGUACUAAAGUACUAAGCAUUAUGCAGGCAGGUACUACUGAAGUGUUGACUUGUUUUGUAAAUAUUUGGGAAACUGUUUCCUUAAAAAAAAAAAAAAAAAAAAAAAUUUACUUUUUUAGGAAGGUCCAGCAACUGGUAUUUUUGGUGCGUGUGUUCACAUUACUUCAGUGUAGGAGGACAGGCAGAGAGAACAUUGGGUAACUCUUAAGGAGUAAAAGAAAGAAUGCAGUUAGCAUUUGUGGGAGUAUUGAUAAUUUCCAUGACAACUAACAGUUGCUCCAAUCUUGGGUAUAAAAAAAAAAGUAAAGUGAGUUUUCAAAAUUAAAUGGGAAAGAGACCACAACCAGAGAAGUACAUGUUGAUGCAGGAACACUUGGUCACUAUGGACAGAGCAAAUACAGUAUUUCUCCUGCUUGUUUUUCCCCUCUAAAAUGCUACAAACUGGAUUUCAAAGGGUUUAUGCUGUCAGAUUCUUAACAAAGGAAUAAAGGCUAGACGGAAUUUG